AUGCAAACCCACGCAGCGCUUGUUUUCCUCCUUUUUGUUUCCUUUGCCGACGUGAUAUUCGCACUACCGCACGAUCAUGUGCUCUUGCAUCUGCGCCGAUUCACUAACCACACGUCAUCGGCAUCCAUCACAAGCCGAUGGGAUAAGUGGACGACGCCAACUAGUCAGAUCACUCCGUCCAAGACGGCAUCUGCAACGAGCACUGCCAGCGCAGCGCCGAAGACUGUUGAGAAUGGCGACGUUAUAUCCGAUGCCGCUGUGGGCAUGAUCAUUACCGCAGGCGUUGGCGGGGGGUUCCUUCUCCUCGCCGGUCAGUAUUUUAGUAUGUCAGCCGGAAGCGUUGCUCUAGUCACCGGGAUUGGAGGGGUUGCUUCAGGACUCAGUUCGCUUGCUGGUUCUCAACCACAGCAAGUUGACAGCCCGGGGGACGACAGCCCGGAGGACGACGUCCCCGAAGAGAGAGAGCCUACUGCAACAGGCCAAAAGUCUCGGGAACUGGAGACCACUACCCAGCCACUUGCGACUUCCCUCACAAGCUCCUAUAUGACUUCCUUCACGAGUUCUUCUAUUGCUACCUACUCCACUACCUCCUACGUCUCGUCUAGCUCCAGCGCAGUCCCCCAAUAUAUUAUUGUGCCCGGGUCCAACAACGCGGAAUCGGGUGACGAUUCCUUCGAGUCAGCACGAUCCAGGCUGUCAGACGCGGCUGGAUCUAAAGUGGUCUCUGUCGAGGACGAGGAAGACAACAGCGUUCUAUUUUUAACUGCUCCCUUGUCACCAGAAGUUGCCAGUGAGCUCUCAAACGAAGCAUCGCUUGGUUCCGUCAGCAAGGACUUUAUUCUGGGCGAAAUGCACGAUCUUCAAUCGGAACCACCAUUCAAGGAAGACGACGUUGCCGGUCCCUCCGGGUCGCCUCCAGCCAUCUUGACGGACCCAUUGACUGUCGCCAAGCAACCCAAGAAGAUUGUGAGGCAGAUCGGAUAUGAUGGAAGCCCGAGGGAAGAGAAGCCUUUCGACCUUUCCGUCGUUUCACAGGAACCAGGGAAACGAAUGGCGGAUUUUACGUACGAUGAGGUGGCAGGCCGGGGCGUCACAGUUUACAUCCUGGGAUCGGGGAUGAAUCUAGAGAGUCCAGACAUCAAGCAAGCCGUGGGCGGCAAGGAGUUUAUCUACGCGCCAGGUGCCGCGGAAACACCCACUGAUGACGACCCCGACAUGGGCUAUCCAGAUGGCACUUGCAUGGCGUCCAAGAUAUUCGGUCCCAAGUACGGCGUGGCGAAGAACGCAAACGUCAUCAUGGUUAAACUUUCUGGUCAGAGUGGUAUGAUGCGAGCUAUCACUUUUACGGAAAUGCUCACUGCCUUGGCCAUGGUCAAGAAUGAUGUCCAUAGACGUGGGAUCAAGGGCAAGGCUGUGGUGAGCUUGUCUUAUACCACCCCAAUUGCCGACAAGGAAGCCAUCGAGGCGUACAAAGAGAUCCUUGUCAAGAUGAUGGAAGACGACAUAGUCCUCGUCGCACCAACCGGAAUUUCCAACAACAACCGGGGCUCCGAGGCGAACGAUCAAUAUCCAGCCGCCUUCGCCAAAGAUACGGCCCUCAUCGCCGUCAACGCAGUGAGCUCAAAGGGUUUACGUUAUAACUGGUCGCCCGGCUCAGUAGAAGAUGGUGUCACUGUGGCCGCGGCGGGAAUAGGGUACUGCGCCUGGAGAGAGGCUGAAGUCUUGGUCCGGCCUAAUGGAAGGAGAAAGGAAAAGCAGGAGCCGGACAGACUUUACUACUCCGAGGGCGUCGCGGCGGCCACCGUCGCCGGGGUUGCUGCCACGCUCAUGGCCCAAGAGGAAUACAAGGAACAAAUGCAGCAGCCUGGCAAGGUGGCGUCAAAAGUCAAAGAGCUGCUCCAAGGCCUUGCCUGGGUGCGAGCCGAGGGAGGCCCGCUUGUUGUCUGGAACGGAGUCAGAUCGACGAAUGGCGUCUGUCGCAGACAGGAGGGCGACUCGUGCUCCAGUGCUGCUCCAACUGCAACACCGACGACAUCCGAGGCCCGGUUGAGGCCCACAACCCCGGUAUCGGUUGUCCCUGUUGCUUGUGACAAUUUCAACAAAAAGAAGUACGGAUACUGUUGCCCCGGCCCAGGUAAUCCCUGCAUGAAAGGCCUGGGUGUGUGCUACGUUAAAGGUGAGGGGGUCUCUGGAGGCUCUAGCGGCGUGGUGCCGGAUGGCGCGCGAUGUCCGCCUCCUGAUGAUGCUGAGUACUGA